AACAUUUUUGUAAAUUUUGUAAAAUUAUUAACAAUUUCGUUAUAUUUUAUUCGAGUCGAAUUGAGUUUCAUUGAAAUCAGAUGCAAUUUUUAUGUUUCAUCUAUAUACAUAUAUGUAUAUCUUAUGCUAAUUGUAAGCUGAACUCUGUUAUAUUGAUCAAACACGUGUACAUGGCUGAUCUCAACAGUUUUACUGUUGCUAUCUUAUAUUCCUAAUAGAAGAUUUGUAUCUUGUUAAAAAUAAACAAUUUGAAUAUUAAUUUAUAACAAUAUAAGAUCGUUUUCGAUUCGCUAAAAAAUGCCGAAAAAAAAGAAGGGAAAGGGAAGUAAAUUGGCUCGCAUGAGUGACGAGGAACGCGCUCGCUACCUACAGCACCGAGCCGAAUUGGAGUUGGAGGCUAAACGACGUAAGCAACAACUGAUUGCAGCUUUUACUAAGAACAAGCUUAAACGGGAGGAAGCGUUCGCGCGAUUAAAUACUGCCAAGAUCAACGAACAAUGGCGAUUCAUUCUUCGCCAAAUAAAAUGUAAAGAACUUUACGAAGACGUGGAAUAUCUUCGGAAUAAUUUCGAUCGUUUGAUGAAGACGAAAAAUCUCGUGAUACAGCGUUUACAUAAUGAACUAGAAGCAGCCAAUGUGGAUCACAGAAGACUGCAAGAGGCCCACAUUCAAAUGAUGGACCUGACAAUUGGAAGAUACAAGCAGAAGUGCAUUAAUCUGCACGAGACCUUCGCACGCGAACGUAAUCGUAUCGUUUCGGUUGAGAUGAACGAAUUAAAUAGAGUACGAAAGAAUUUAGAGCAGUACUGCAAUCAGCUGCAGAAUAUAACUUUUGGGCAAGAUAAAAGGAUAGAAAAUAUAUUGACGCAAACAAACAUCCAGAACGCCGUUAAUAUAAGUAGCAUCGUGUACUUGAAAGAAGAUUCCUUGUCGCGCUUGAUGCAUUAUGUUUCCAACGAGAUCGAGGAAUUGUGGCGAAAACUUAAUGAAACGAUAAUCGAAUAUGAGAAAAAUUCGGGAGAUAAGAGAAAGCAGUACGAAUACUUGAAGGAGCAAGAUGACGCUUAUCGUGCGGACAUGGCGCAAUAUCCAAAGUUGCAAACACAAUUACAAAACAUGAUUAAGAACCUAAAACAGGAUACGCACGUAUUGUCGCAGAAAAGGGAGCAAAGUAUAGUGGAAUUGAAUAAUCAGAUUGUGCAUAUGAGGAAGAGAACCGAAAGUUUGAGACAGAUAUUUUCCGUGAAUCAAAUGCUGGACAUUACCCAGCUGAAAAAAUUUACUAUUAUCAGCGCCAGCAUUGUAAAAGAAUUGCAGAGGAUUUCGGAAAAAGGCUCGGCGUUACUCUCGUUGCUGAGAAUGUGUUCAAAUUUGGAACCGUUCUCGCUGACUGUUCAAAAGUACACUUUACGUGAUACGGGAUCCAGAAGAGCUUUUACGAGUUGCAUGUCAGAACCGUUCGAUAAAUUGGACAAGUUUUGGGAACAAUUCAAUUAUAUUAAAUCCGAUAAUAUCUUCAUGAAAAAGGAGUGCGAUAAACUGUCUUUCGAAAACAAACAAUUGAAAAACACUUUGCGCACGUAUCUCUUAACCAUUUCUAAAGCUCCAACCGCACGAUCACUCACGUCUAUUCCCGUAUAAAUAUAUUUACUCCAAGUUGACCGAUAUCAGCGAAGGGUAAAUCAAUAAAUAUCUUUAAAAUAAAAAAUGUCUACGGUAUUGGAUUAAAAGUUUCUCCUAUUCCUCUGAAAUGAACAACUCUAAAAUGAAUUUAAUAUCUGGGAGAGCUAAGAAGAGAAAU